UACUCUUUCCUGUUAUAUAUGUCUCUCCAGCUGCCUAGAGAGAGAGAGAGAGAAUGGCGUUAGAAACUGUGGUAUUCCAACAAGACCCGUCCAGUUAUAAUAGCUGCAAAGAUUUCACCAUGAUUGGUAUUGAAGAAGAAGAAGAAGAAGAGAAGUUUAACGAUAUUAUUAAGUCUUGUGAAACUAUUCCUGUUGACAAAAACAACAGAAUAGAGUCUCAUCCUCGUCCUUGUUCCUCCAUGGCACAAAGCGUGAAGGAGUACUGUGAGAGGGAGACCAAGUCUUCUUCCCCUGAGGUCUGCACCACAGCAACAGCAGCACCAGGGAGAAGAAAGAGGGGACGAGGAGGGAGCAAUAAAAGCAUGAAGAAGAAAGACAAGGAAGAAAUGGAGAAGCAGAGGAUGGCACACAUUACAGUUGAAAGAAAUCGCCGCAAGCAGAUCAACAACUACCUCUCCCUCCUCCGUUCAUUCAUGCCCCCUUCUUACUCUCUCAGGGGGGACCAAGCCUCAAUAGUAGGGGGUGCCAUUAACUUUGUGAAGGAACUUGAACAACUCCUCCAAGUCCUUGAAGCCCAAAAACAAGUCAAGCAAAGAUCCUACUACCCCGGACAUUUCUCUCCCCUCUUUCCCAAUUUCUUCACUUUCCCUCAAUACUGGACUCAUUAUUCAAGCCAACACAACAAUCUGGUGAUCGGACAUGAGUCGAUGGCAGGGAAGCUAUCUACCAUUGCUGACAUUGAAGUUUCCAUAGUAGAACGUCAUGCCAAUAUCAAAAUACUAUCAAGAAGACAACCAAAACAGCUCUUGAAGCUGGUGGCUGGGUUUGACUCUUUAGGCCUUGCCAUCCAUCAUCUCAAUGUCACAACAACUGUUGAUCACAUGGUCCUCUAUUCUUUCAAUGUUAAGGUAGAAGAUGAUUGUCAGCUGAGUACAGUGAAUGAGAUAGCAACCACUGUUCAUGAGAUGAUGGGUAAGAUCCAAGAGGAAGCCAUGUCUAGUUGAGAAAAACCCUAAAGUUGUAUUGUAAUUGGCAAAUAAUUUCAGACUUCAUAUAGAUUGAAUCCUGAAUCCUUGGUAGAACUUUGGUUUCAAAUUUUUCUAUAUAUUUUCUUAGAA